UGGGGCGAAGGAAUCUUCGCUUAGGUCUUUUUGCUUCGAAAUAUUAAAUGCUAUUAUUCCCUUUGACUAUAUACCAUGUUGAACAAUUCCUUAGUUAGAAUAGUCCUCACUCUGAUAGAAUUUCCCCAGUUUCAUGGACCUGCAUCGACAUAUAUAUAUGGUUGUUCUUCUCCAAAAAUUCAGCAAAUGAGAUGCACCAGCCCUGUACUUUUGAACUGCUUCCACGUGAUAUUCAGUAGGAGAUAUAGUCUAUCAGGCGACAUUGUUGCAGAACACAAGAUUCGUUCAAGAUUGUCAGAUUAUCUGUUGUUGUCACAUGCCUCACGUAUUGCCUAUGAUAUGGAUGAUCCUUUGUGUUCAUCUUAUUUGCAUCUCAAGCCAACCGGAGACGAGGUUUAUCUAUAACGGCUUUCACCAAGCAGAGCUUUAUACUGAUGGGGUUGCCAAAGUUCUUCCCGAAGGACAGUUGCAGUUAACCAACGGAUCCGGACAGAGCAUGGGUCAUGCUUUCUUCAAGAAACCUUUUGAGUUCACAGCUGAAUCACUCUCUUUCUCAACACAAUUUGUCUGUGCUCUGGUUCCUAAGCCAGGAUCUGGUGGUCAUGGCAUCGCCUUUGUUUUAUCUGCCUCCAUAGAUCUCUCGCAUGCAGAUGCUACGCAGUACUUGGGACUUUUUAACAUCUCGACUCAAGGAAACUCCUCUUCUCACCUAGUUGCUGUUGAGCUAGAUACUGCCCUCAGCGCUGAGUUUGAUGACAAAAAUGCUAAUCAUGUUGGUAUCAAUGUCAAUAGCCUUUUCUCUAUCGAAUCUGCCCCCGCUGCUUACUUUUCCGAUAUUAAAGGUAAAAACGAGAGCAUAGAGCUUUCGAGUGGAGAUCCUAUUCAAGUCUGGGUAGACUACAGAGGAAACGUGCUUAAUGUUUCGAUGGCACCUCUUAAGAAUCAGAAGCCAAGUCAGCCUCUUCUAUCAAGCUCUAUCAACCUUUCAGAAAUUUUCCCGGAUAGAAAAAUAUUUAUUGGGUUCUCUGGAGCCACAGGGACACUGAUAAGCUACCAAUACAUACUAGGAUGGAGCUUUAGUGGAAACAGUGUGUCAUUGCAGCGCCUGGAUGCUACUAAACUCCCUCGAGUUCCUCCUCAUAAAUGUAGAACAGAGAGACCAUCGAAGCUGCUAAUAUUCCUCUUCAUAUUACUGGCGGUCAUAGUUUUGGUUGUUCUUGUAGCAGCUUUUGUCUACAGGAGAAGGAAAUACGCUGAAGUAAGAGAGGAAUGGGAAGAAGAAUAUGGUCCACACCGCUUCUCCUAUAAAACUCUGUACAAUGCGACCAAAGGGUUUCACGAGGAUGAACUUCUUGGAAAAGGAGGUUUUGGAGAAGUGUACAAAGGAACUCUGCCUUGCAAUGGACAAAUAGCUGUGAAGAGAGUGUCCCACAGCGCGGAUGAAGGAAUGAAGCAGUUUGUGGCUGAAAUCGUGAGCAUGGGUAAUCUAAAACACAAGAAUAUUGUCCCACUUCUUGGCUACUGUAGAAGAAAAGGUGAGUUAUUUCUGGUAUCUGAAUACAUGCCCAAUGGUAGUCUUGACCAAUACUUAUUCCAUGACGAUAAACCGCCCUUCUCAUGGCGUCGAAGAUUUGCAAUAAUCAAGGACAUAGCUUCAGCUCUCAGUUACAUGCAUACAGGAGCUCCCCAAGUUGUUCUCCACCGGGAUAUCAAGGCUUCUAACGUUAUGUUAGACGCUGAAUUCAACGGAAGGUUAGGAGACUUUGGUAUGGCAAGGUUCCAUGAUGAUUGGGCAGACACAGCUACAACUGCCGCUGUGGGAACCAUUGGCUACAUGGCCCCGGAGCUUUCUACAGUGAGAGCUUCCACUGCAACCGACGUUUAUAGCUUUGGUGCCUUUUUACUUGAGUUAACAUGUGGGAGGAGACCAGUUGACCCUGCGUUGCCAGAGGAAAGACGGUAUUUAGUUAAGUGGGUCUGCCAAUGCUGGAAAAUGGCGUCUUUGCUCGGAGCAAGAGAUCUUAGAAUGAGAGGUGAAAUCUCAUCUGAGGAAGUCGAAAUGGUACUGAAAGUUGGGUUGCUUUGCACGAAUGCUUUGGCGGAAAUGAGACCUUCGAUGGAAGAAGUUGUGCAAUACUUGAAUGAAAGCCUAAAGCUGCCUGAUAUCUCCGUAAACUCUCCUGGUAUUGGGUCCUUUGCUCCGUUCAUUAUUGGAUCUAACCUCCUCCUUCCUUCUCACACUACCAACACCUUCUCUACGUCCUCUUACUCUUCUUCCUCAGGCAACGACUCUACAUUUGUAACUCACUCGAUUUUCCAUGGGCACGGACGGUGAACUUUGAAAAAAAAUUCUUCUUUAAGCUUUCUUUUUAGUUUUUUGAAUGAAGAAAACCAUGUUAGGUUUGUGUGAUAAACUCUAGUUGGGUAUUGUGACUUGUGAAGUCUACUUUUAUAUUUAACAAAAAUAACAAGCAUUGAAAAGAUAUGUUUGGAGUCUUUUGUAGAAAUGCUUUUAGGCUUUGCAAAUACUUGUGUGUAUUUGUACAGGAAAAAGCUGUAUUUUAACUUGAAGUAUACGCGUCGUGUCUUUUGCUU